UUCUUAUAACUAUUAGAGAUAUUUUUCACCGGUUGCCGUGUCUGAGAUUCGCGACGACGGGAUAAGAAGACGCAGUUUAUUGAAUAUAUAUAGAGGAUACUUAUAUAGCCUAUUCCAAUCGAAAAGGAUUUCGAUAACCAAUUCGCUGACAUUCAAGACGCCAUUUUUUCGCGAAUACAUAAUAAAUAUCAUAGAACAUUCGAGAUCUUGACCAAUGAUAUCGCGUCAAUUUAAUGUCAACUUUGUUUAUUUGUCUUUACUCCUCUUGUGGUUGGAAUAGGCUAGAGAUAAAAAGUAUCCUAUUCACAUUGUGAUUAUAAUUACAGACGGAUGGAGGACUGCAUUCCAGUCCUUUCAAUAAUUCUUUAGCACUUCAUGAAAAAACAAACAAACUUAGAAAGAUGCAAGCGAGAAUCAUAAUAUUACUAGCAUUGAACUCACAACUUUUCGUCAAUUCGGAAGCGAAUCGCGAAAUUAUGAAAGCAUUCAGCUACACGUUCGGACUUAAAAUGUUUGAGUGUGGAGAAAAGACGCAUUACACAGAAGCGAUGGCCAAAGACAUCUUACAUUUCUGGGAUAUCACCCGUUCACUUAACAACACAGAAACGGGCUGUCUAGUCAUCUGUGCUAUGAUGAAACUGGAACUUUUAAACUCUGAGGGUGAACUGAUAACACCAAACGCAGAAGGCUUCGCUCAUGCGAAUGGUGCUGAUGACAAUACCGUGAAAUUUUUGAUAGACCUUUACAAUACAUGUAAAAAUAAAACAUCAGCCAUUAUGAACGGAUGCAAGAUCGGUUUGGAACUAUCGAAAUGUUUUCGACGAGGAAUAUAUCAAAAGAACUGGAUCCCGGAUACAAGUUCUCUUUGGAAAUUACGCGAUAAUGCGUCUUUGUAAAGAUAAAUAGAGAUAAUUAAAAUGUAUAUAUUAUUUAACAUA